AUGGAAGAUCAAAACAAUUAUCCUCCUGCUCGUUCGCCUGAUGAACCACCCCUCCCUGCCCCCCGGGCUCACAAUCUCGCCAACGACUUUAACCGUCUGUCGCUGGCAACGACGGCGUCGUCCGGUAGUCCUCUACUUGCGUCGUCUCCUACCCCCUCUCCUCGCUCACCCAGUCAAGCCGCGACUCGAAUGCGCAAUGUCUCCUCCUCGACAACCCCUGCCUCCUUAAAAUCAAGGACGCCAGCUCUACGCAAAACACCAAGUAACGCCUCGCUUCGCGACGAAAGACGACUCUCUACACCGACUCUACAGAAACGCGCUUCCACAACGUCACUGCGAUCGGUGAGUUUGGGCAGAGAACAAGGGGCACCUCCCAGUCUGUCAAGACGCUCCUCAUCGAAUGUCCUGGGCGCCAUGUAUUCGCAAAAAUCGCCUAUUCCUGCUGUGGUAGAAACUCCUACUGCUUCAUCUAUUGCUGCAGACCAUUUCAAGGCUGAACUCAGUCUGCACGAAUCAGUGGAUCUCCGAUCUAAAACUGCGGUUAUUAUCCAGGAUGCCUGUUAUGGCCACCGUUUCUCAAGACCAUACACUAGCAAGGAAGGUCUUUCAACCAUCGUUGAACGACCUGAACGUUUGCGCGCCAGUCUGCUUGGAAUGUCAACUGCAUUCGUUCGGGUAGGGAAGCGACAUGCCGGUUCGUCUUUUGUGCCUCGUCCAGGACUCAACAUCGAUCUACUACCACCACCGCCUUUUCAGAUUCGUAAAUCUACAAGAGCGAUUCCAUUGAACUCCCCAGCCGUGACUUAUGUGCAUGGUGAUAAAUGGAUGGAAGAUUUGCAAACUAUGUGCAAGGCAGCUGAAUCUCGCUUGGCGUUGAAUGGAAGAGAAAUCGUGCGACCAAGAAGUGCAGGAAAGAAGGACCCCGAUGAAAAGCCACUUCAUGAUGGAGACCUGUAUCUCUGCCCUGAAUCUCUAGAUGCCUUUCAGGGAGCAUUGGGCGGCGUAUGCGAUGCGGUUGAUACAGUUCUGGCUGACAAUCCAACCAAACGAGCCUUUGUCUGCAUUCGUCCUCCUGGUCACCACUGCGCUUCAACCGAUCCAUCGGGAUUCUGCUGGCUAAACAAUGUUCAUGUCGGUAUCACCCACGCUGCAAUGGUGCAUGGCUUAACCCAUGCAGCGAUCAUCGAUUUCGAUCUUCACCAUGGCGACGGAUCUCAGGCUAUCGCAUAUAAGCAGAAUGAGCACGCCUGGUAUCUUCAGCAGCGCGGAGGUGCAGCUGCCAGAAAUGCAGCCCAGCACAAAAAGACUGCCAUUGGGUAUUACAGCUUACACGACAUCAACUCUUUUCCCUGUGAGAAUGGAGAAAUGGAGAAGAUUGUCAAUGCUAGUGUUUGCAUCGACAACGCUCACGGUCAGUCCAUCUGGAAUGUUCAUCUUGAACCUUGGAAAACACACGACGAGUUUUGGAAGUUGUAUAACGACAAGUAUUUGGUUGUAUUGGACAAGGCCAGGAGUUUCUUACGCUCCCAGACACAACGUUUGGAUAGUAUCGAAGGUGGCCCUGCUCCCAAGGCAGCUAUCUUCAUAUCUGCAGGUUUUGAUGCAAGUGAGUACGAGGGUGCUGGAAUGCAGCGGCACAAGGUCAAUGUGCCUACAGAUUUUUAUGCCCGCUUUACGGCAGAUAUUGUUCGAUUGGCGGAGGAAGAGGGUCUUGGUACGGAGGGCCGUGUCAUUAGUGUGCUAGAGGGAGGCUACAGCAACCGAGCGUUGGCCAGUGGUGUUCUCAGCCAUCUCUCAGCGCUCGCAGAUACCCGAACAUUUAGUGACGCAUCUGAACAGCGAAAUGGUUUAGCUUCUGAGAUGAGCGGACGGUUGGGCUUGGGAUUCGGAGAAACGGGGCAAGAUUCUGCUGUUCAAGACACGAAUACUGGACCUGCUUUUGAGACUGAUUGGUGGGCGCCUGACUUGUUGGACGAGUUGGAGCUUUUGGCAUUCCCUCCGCCAGCUGCUCCCAAAAAAGCGCCAAAGUCUGGACCAACUUAUUUCUCUCCUACGCACGCAUCGACUGCCAGGGUCACGACUACUUUGCGAGAAAGAAAAUCCUCGGCCAAUCUUAUCCUUGACGAUGAUACCCCAGAACCACUUCCUGAUGUGGACUGGGCAACUUCUGCGCAUGAAUUGUGGAAGUGCAUCAUACCCACGGACCGCGAAACUAUGAGCUUCCAAUACGAUGAGCUCAAAGCCAAAGCCGCCGAAGCCAAGAAAAAGAAGCAAGCAUAUGUCGAACCACCUUCCACACCAUCAGGAAACACUCGUAGACAGCUUCGAACCAGGGCAAGCAAGACAACCUCACCUGACACUCCUGCUGCCAAAGCUCAAACGCCUCGUCGAGCCAGUGCCCGCAACAAUCGCCGAACCACCAUUGGGUCUGCGAGUGACUUGCCGGAGCCACUGUCAGACCCUAAGGCUGCCAACCCCGAGCGUCGAAGACAAAGCGCUGUUGGUGCCGUUUCGGAGACAGGGGAUAACACCUCUGGCAGUAGAACUCCAACUCGUGCUAGUUCACGCAUGUCGUCCACCCCGAUUCAAACACCUGCGAGCGCAGUUGCUAACAAGAAGACGCGAGUGUCUAGCGGGUCGCAUGCUGGGACACCGAAAAGAAAUGCAAGUCCACGGAAGGUUCCACCAUUGCCCAAGGUUCCUUCACUGUAUAUGAAGAAUCUCAAUGCCCCUGCUUCUACUAGUAGCAGAGCAUCAUCGCAAUCCCCUGGUGAAGACGUGGCAAAGGUGAAUGGCAAUACUGACGCCGAAAACCGCAUCGAUGAUCUAUCAGCUGGCAUGAAGAAGAUGAGUCUCAAGCUCAAAGUUCCAUCGCCGGAGGAGAAUGCGCUACGGGAGAAGAAGGCGGCAGAGCAACGUAAGAAGGCAGCCGCUGCGAAGAAAACCACAACAUCCAAGCCAACCGCCUCGAAGGCUGGUCGUGGUACCAAGGCAUCCUCGAAAGUGGCCAAUGCUACUCCUGGUCAACCGCAGCCAGCCCAGAAUGUACUCCCAAAGCUUGAGAAAGGCAGCGAGUACGAGGUACCCAUUAAGGUCGGGAUUCCUUCGGCGGUGCCCACCGUUUCUGCGCCAAUAGACAGUUGUAAAGAGAUUCCCAUCAAGUUUGAACAGGAUGAUGUAUCUCCAUCCAUGGACUCAUAUCAAGGCUUCUCUACCAGCGGGCUAUCUUCCCAGCAAAUGAACUUACCAUUAUCUCCGGUCUCGCCUCUUGGAUUCCCAACACCAGUUUCAUCUACGCCAUUCCCUGGUAAUGUACCAUCCAUGCAACCCCAGGUCAUGGUCCAGCUACCCACUUCCACGAUGCCUCGUCAAGCCAGCAAUGGAAAUCUGCCUGUAUUCAGCUCUACAGGCCAUAUCCCUUUUGCUAUGCCUUUCAACCAAGCGGAUCCGUCAAAGUUCACCCAGUAUCAAAUUCAGCCUCAGGCGGGAUUCGAUGCAAACCAUCAAUAUCCUCCAAAUGAUGGUAGCGUACAGCAACAGGAUCCAAAAUACCCGACUUAUGCCCAUCAGCAACAGCAAAAUGAGAACUCCAAAGAUGCUUGA